UUAAAGAUUAUUUCACUCUUGUCUCUGCCUUAUUGUAUCUUCUGAUAAAAUUACGUACACGUGACGUUCUGUGUUAUUCUUUGAUUAUAUUGUAUAAGCCUUGUUCUAUGAUUGUAUUAUUGUGAAAAGCAYAUAAUUGAURUGCAAUUAGUCUUUAUUUAUGAAUGUGUCUGGCCAAGAGCAGAUGGACCAAAUUACCUUCAUAUGCAGUCCUAAACUCUACAGAAAUAUAUAGAGUAUCCAGUACAUGAACAUGGCCAACAUAUGGAAGUACCACGUAAAGGUAAUCCUAUGGAAGAACUGUCUGAUCCGCAGAAGACAUUGGUUUCUAACACUGUGCGAAGCGCUCGUGCCCGUGCUGCUCUUCCUGCUGAUCGCAUAUGGAAGAAGUAAAAUCACGGCGCUUAGUAAGCACGAAGUGAUCAAUAUGACCUACAAUGACCCAUUCCUGUUAAGCUAUGGUAAUCCUGGAAUCAACCUAGAGGAAACUCAGGUUCUUUAUGCUCCAUCCAGCACAUACCAUGGGGAUAUCAUCCAUCGUGUACAGGAAAAGUUCCAAAUAAUCAAUAACAAUAUUCAUGGUUUCAGUAACGCGGAUCAAUUGCUGAAGUAUUAUGCAAGGGCCUCCAAUAAUUCAGUGGUGGCAAUUAUCUUUAACUCACCGCCCAAUUCCUCCAAUUUGGAGUACACCAUUCGACUCCACAAUCAAUAUUACCCAUGGAGCACGAACAGGCUUUAUGAAAAUCAAUUCACAUUUAUGCCAGGAGUUGGUAGCAGUUACAUUUGGCAAGGAUUCCUGACUAUUCAAGUCGCCCUGGACAUGUCGUUUAUUGAGAAGGAAGCGGAGCGUCGAGGUAGAACUGUUCCAGAUAUCGCCUUCCAAGCUUUGGAAUUUCCUUAUCCCCCGUACAAAUCGGAUACCGGCGUGACUUCGCUGCUUAUGCACUAUUUACCGUUAAUGACAUUGUUCAGCUUCAUUUUCGUUUGUCCUGCCGUUCUAAAGAGAGUGGUAGAGGAAAAGUAUAGUGGAAUCAAAGAACUAAUGAGAAUGGUGGGAAUGGAAUCCUGGAUAAUAUGGUUCGGCUGGUUCGUCUACAGCAUUCUGCCAAUGUUUCUAUCGGUGGUCCUUCUAGUUCAAAUCAUGAAGUGGCCCCUGUUUGGAGCCGACUACCCGGUCAUCGAAUACACGCAUUCCACAAUCCUGUUCGCUUUUUUGCUGCUGUACUGCAUCACCAUAACAGUCAACUCUCUGUUCAUCAGCACUUUGUUCUACAGGCCCACUUCUGCAACGCUGGUUGGUCUCCUGUUUUGGAUCAUGUCCUACUUUGUGCCCAAGUAUUUGAUGGCAGAAAACAGCGAUCUGCCCUUCGCGCACAGCAUGCUGCUGAUGCUCCUGCCGAAUAUGGCGUUGCAUUUUGGCUACAGUGCCAUAUCGAAUUACGAGAUUCGAGAAAUUGGCGUUCAGUGGUCCAACUGGCACGAACCAGGCGGUCAGGGCGUAAAUGAAAUCACUCUAAGAAACGUUUGCUUUAUGCUGAUUCUGGACUCGAUCAUCUACUUGCUCCUCGCGCUCUACAUCGACGGGAUCAAUCCUGGAAAAUUCGGCGUUCCCAAGUCGUUCUUGUUCCCGUUCAAGGGGCUUUUAUCUGUUCUAUCUGUAGGUCGCUUUAAAAGCAACAACGUAAACGUGCAGAACAAAUUGGAAACAUUCCAUUUGCAAGAGGAAGGUCGCUUGGCCAGCGGCAUUAGUCUGAUCAAUCUAACCAAGCGGUAUGGGAAUAAAACAGUCGUCCAGAAUCUCUCAUUGGAUAUCUUCCUAAAUCACAUCACGGUCUUGCUGGGUCACAACGGAGCCGGAAAAUCCACCACUAUGGGAAUGAUCACCGGCAUGAUCAAGAAAUCCAGCGGCCGCAUCGUGAUCAACGAUACGAGCAUGAAAAGUACCGGCAACCUUGCCCACGCCAUUGGUCUUUGUCCACAACACAACCUGUUUUUCCCCGAUCUAACAGUGGCGGAACAUUUGGAGUUUUUUGCAAGAUUAAAAGGCCGAGAUGGUAGCGAAGCAAAAAGGGAGCUGAACAGCUUACUGAAGACGUUGCACUUAACGGAGAAACGAGAUGAACUAGCCCACACUCUAUCAGGCGGAAUGAAGCGAAAACUGUGCCUAGGCAUGGCCGUGAUUGGUGGGUCAAAGAUCUUGGUCCUGGAUGAACCGUCCUCAGGAAUGGACCCGCAAUCCAGAAGAGACAUGUGGGAUUUGCUGCUAAAGUGGCGACACAGCAAGACCAUUCUUAUUACCACGCACUUCAUGGAGGAAGCGGAUGCGAUUGGCGACUAUAUCGCCAUUAUGAAUGAGGGCCAAUUGCAUUGCUUCGGAACGCCGAUGUCACUCAAAAAGAAAAACAAUCACGGCGCCAGUCUAAAGCUCCUGAUCGAAGAAAACCAAGACAUUCAAGGAAUAGUGCAGCGAAUUAAAAACAAACUGGGCGAAUUCAUCAGCAACGUGGAAUGUAAAGGGCCGGAUGGAAAUCAAGUGCAGUUUCUUCUCUCUGAUGGCGACUAUGGCCCAAUGUUCGAGUACUUGGAACUGAAGAAGAAAUCGCUUCAUAUCGAGAACAUUUCAUUUGCUAAUGCCACUCUGGAGGAUGUGUUUCUCAAUUCCACGGUUUCGUCCCAAGAAGAAAACACCAACAACGAGUUCGUGUCUGCUCAUGAAUCGAUCGUGUUGACCGCUAACGCGCAAGAUACGGCAAAUUAUCUUCUGACCCUGAAGGCGCUACUUUUCAAGAGGUACCAGUUCAUUUCGAAAAAAAUGCUCAACGUGUUGAUACCGUCACUGAUUGCUAUUGGGUUUAUGCUACUCUGCAUCCUGUUGGGGCAACAAGAAUCGAACGACUAUGCAAAGAGUGGAGGUCCGCCCUUGAAAGCGUCCCUGAGUACUUACGGGAAAUCGGCUGUUUAUGUGAGCAACACUGGUGCGACUCACACCAUUCUCAGAAUGGUAGAUUUUUACAACGAGCUGGUUGUUGAAGCCGACAGCGACUUCCAUUUGGAGCCGAACGCAGUUUCCGCUAUAGAAGCAGAAGGUGUCAACAACCUGCCGUAUUAUCGGCGGCACAUGAUCGCGGCAGCGGUCAUCGGUCUGAGUGGACAAUACUUCACUGCAACCGCUCUAUACAACAACAUGGCCAUUCACUCAUCGCCCAUUUCAAUCAGUCUGCUCACCAACAGCCUGGCAAAGGUGCUGUUGGGCCAAGAGUACUCGAUUACCACCAACAUCCAUCCGUUGCUGAACACCAACUUUGCAGUUUCUACAGAGCAAUUAUCUGCAGUACAAAUCGGGCUCUUGUGGCUGAUUAUCAUGCCAUUGGGCUUCCUGUUCUUUUUGGGAAGUUUCAUUUACUUUCCCUAUGUGGAACUGUCUACGAACUUCACUCAGCUUCAGUUCAUGUGCGGCGUCCGGCCCUCAGUCUAUUGGCUCAUCACCUAUCUAUGUGAUGUAGUUGUCUAUGUGAUUUUUGCCUUUAGCAUGACCGUUAUCAGCUUGAUCUGGGAGCCGUUUAGAGGCACUAAUGAAUUUGGCGUGUUGUUGAUGAUUCUGGUGCUCUACGGAUUGGCCGGUAUUCCAUUCUCGUAUCUAUUCGGCAGGAAGAAGUCAUUUUCCUCCGGCUACGCCUUCUUUAUCAUCCUGGGAAUAAUGUUGGGCGUGCUACUAACCAGCAUAGUGUUUGCCUUAGAGGAGUCAGGCGACACAUAUUACGUCCAAAUCGGCAACGAUUUGAGGACCAUUUUCAUGCUGAUUUGCCCUCAGUUCGGGCUGACUUACUCUGGAGUGGCCUUUUCGCAAAAGGUAAUAAGCAACUACAAUUUCGAGCACAUGAACACUCAACGGCUGGUGGCAACUUGUGGAGCACUUAAUUCGAACGCUUGCUGUUUGGGACCGAGUCCAAAAUGCGACUCCUACAAAAGUUACCUCAACGUAUUACAGCCAUUCAUUUGGUUAAUGCUGCUCGGCGCGCUGUUCUAUCUGCUACUGAACAUUUUUCUGGACAGUUACUGGCGCAAGAAGGUCAUCAACACGUUCUGGAAUUGCUUCCGCAAGGCGCCAGAAUGCGCGGACUAUGCAGAUGGGAUGCUGAACGAUAGCAAUAGCAAUACCAACACUUUGAGAGUGAAAAAACUGAACAAAACCUAUUCGAAGAGGCCGGUGGUGAGGAACGUCAGUUUGGACCUGAAGAAGGGCGAAUGUAUGGGGAUAUUGGGGGUGAAUGGUGCGGGAAAAACGACCACGUUCCGAAUGCUCACCAAGGAGGAAGUCAUGGACAAUGGAACCAUCUCGAUUAAUAACAUCGACAUUGACAGCAAUAAUUACUUGAAAAACUUGGGCUAUUGCCCGCAAAACGACGCCCUCAACUACACACUAACCGGGCGGGAUAUAUUGAAGACAAUUGCAAUGCUGCGAGGAAUUUCCGACGAUGCAGUGGUGAAGACUUUCCUGGAAUUAUUCGGUCUAAGCGACAUUGCUGAUAUUCCAUGCGAGCAGUACAGCGGCGGCAACAAGAGAAAGUUGAGUUUUGCUGUGGCGGUAAUCGGAUUUCCCGAUUUUAUUCUACUGGACGAGCCGACCAAUGGCGUUGACCCACUGUCCAGACGAAAAUUCUGGCGACUAAUCAAAAACAUCCGGAACUUGAAGCAGAACUCUUUCAUCCUGACGUCGCAUAGUAUGACGGAAUGCGAGGCACUUUGCAAUGAUUUGAAGAUCAUGAAGAUGGGCACCAUUAAGAAACAAGGCACCAUUUCCAAACUGAAGAACGAAAUGGCUGGCGUCAAUGUGAUGCUCAAACUGAAUCUGAACGCUUUAGGACAAGAUUGCACUGAUGGUGGCUCACCAAGUAAAGAAGACCGAAGUCAAACCUUAUUGGAAAAUCCAGAGGUGACCAAACUUAAGGCGCAUCUGAAGGAAAUGUACGCGGAUGGCGAAUUUCGAGAUGAACAUGUGAUUUUUUUCAUUAUCUACAAGGGAUCGAUGCACUUCUACAUCAAAACGGCGGAUAAGAAGUGGUCGCAGCUCUUCAGGCAGUUCGAGGAGCUGAAAGCCAAUAGCAAAAUUGUCGAGGAUUUUUCCAUCAGCGAAGCAACAUUAGAAGAUGUGUUUCUGGCGGUGGCGAACGAUUCCACUUUAGAUUUAGGCACGUAGUGCCAAUUGUAAGUCUUAGACGGAGGUCUCUAAUGUGUCAACAGCCGAAUGAAAUCGGGUUGUUGAAAUUGUUGAUGCAGCAUGAGAGAAAGUGGCACGAUUCAAUAUUCUCGAUAGAGAAUUAUUGCAGGCCGCUAACUGCCGAAGAGCUUUGCCCCGAUUUGAUGCAAGCAGGAAAACCGAAGAAAAACAUUGCAAACAUGUAAAAUCGAAAAAAAAACAUUGUAAACUUGUAGUCAAAGAAAAAAAUUGUUUGGAAGUACUAAAAAACAAGGUCCAAUUAUUCAACUGGAUCUGAAAUGGCACGAAAUUACCAAAAUAAUAAGUCAGGGAACUUACUUAUUAUGAUAUAUUCGUUUUGUAUUAUGAUUAUACGUCUAGAUAGUUUUCAUACUGUUUUGAGGAUAUGGGAUAAAGUCAAGAGGCGCUUGUGAGCAACUUGGUAGUUGACAAUGCGGACUGUUCCACAUAAAAUCGAGUGCUGCUAUUACAACAACUCAUUUCAUUCCCGUUGACACAUUAUGUUGCUUUUUAGAUACUUAAUUACGGUUUUCGCUCGGGAAAGAAACCGUCAGUUGCUAAUUAUCCUAGUAACUGUAUCUUUGUAACUUGUGGACCUCCAGCUAAUCAUUGUGUACCCAAUUCAUUAUCCUAGGCGUAACUAAUCUUAUUACUAUAUCAAGGGAAUCACCAGUACUAAUCCCAGCUUCUAAACUAUUUCAGCCAAAGAUUUGUUAGACAAAAGUAUCUAAAUUAUUUAUUUUUGAUGGAAACAUUCUCGAUUCUAAUAUAAUCGUAUGACAAAUUCCUUUUUUGUUAAAAAAAACUUGUGUGAAUAAUUUUCUUUCAUAUAUGUUUAUUAUAUUUACAUAAUAAAAUAAUUUUUCUAAA